GUUUCACAAAAAAUACAUUCACGCAACGCAUAAUCAGCAUGAUUUUUGGGCCAAGUUGAAUCGCUAGAUCAUCGGUCAGCUCGCGCAGACUUCCCAAAUAGCAGAUCUAUAUUCGAGCCAUGAGUCAAACGAGGCCGGGUGAUCCCUGCUUGCACGCUCACUUGUUCCAUGUCAUAGCUCAACGUGGCUCCCUUCAGUGCGGGUAGGCCUAUUCCGCGACUGCAAUUCUUCCCUCGCAUCCUGAACUCCGUUCAUUAUUUCCCUUGCUUGCUUUUACCUACAACCUACAUCGCAUCAUCUGCCUGUCCUAGAAAUUCUUUGUUGUGCGCAUGAGUCUGCAGUGAGAUAACGGAUGCCAACGUGACUGUCCACUCGUUCAGUUCUAACGGCGAGGUUGGACCUAUCGAGGUUUUGCAGCGAUCAUUGGCCCCUCGAUGUUUCAAGUUGUGCUUCGUUCGGAAAUGCCCAACAAGAAGGAGACGAUCGAACAUCGUGGCGAAUUCAGGAACGGUGAUCAUGAUGGUUAUACGGCGUUACCGUUAUCACCCUUUCGGCUCACCGACUUUGAGUUCGAGUGCAAAACGGAGCCCGACUCGGCCGGCGAGGGCUUGUCAGAGUUUGAUACAACACCAACAAAUCUUGAGGAUAUGUCGCACAUUCCAAUGCCUACAAUAAAAAAUCCAAUUGUUUUGCUGGAAAGAUGCGAUAAGAUUUGGGAAACGUUACAACUAAUAAGGACACAGGAUACAGAAUUAACAGCAAGUGAAGAUGAAGAUAAAGAUGAAGAAGAGAAAGGAAAAGGAGAGAAUAGACAUGAAGAUAGGAAAAUAGAAUCAUUUUUUAAAAAGACUGAACAGAUUUGCCCAUCAAAGCCGUUGAAGACAUUGCCCAUCAAGAGUCUACGUAAAUUGACAAAUGAUAGUAAAACACCUUUUCAGUUUUCAGUCCAAAGGACAAGAAAGUUGUUUCCUUGUAUUGUAUGUGGCAAACAAUACUUGGAAAAGAGAUCUUUAAGAAAACAUGCAUUAAACAUACAUGGAAUUAUCAUUCCAGUAAAACAUAGGCGUCCCAGAAAACCAGAUAUAACUGAUAUACAGGAUUCGAAUACUUUACAUAAUAAGGGAAAUAGUAAUUCUGACAAAUGCUAUAACAAUAAAUAUUCGCAUAGAAAGAUGACAACUGGAAAAACUAAAGCUAUGAAAUUUCCAUCGAUUUUGACUCAUUUAAAGAGGUCAGAGAAUGUAUCCAAUGUUGAUUCUAUUAAUGUUCAAUCUGAGAAAACUAAAACUAAACCAGUAAUUUCUAUAAAAUCACAAUAUAACAGAUGUGUAUUGUGUCAACAAAAAGUAAAAUGCGUGAAGAAACAUUUGAUCAAUUAUCAUAAAAUUGGAUGUUCUGCGAAUAUGUUAAAACAGCUAGAAACAUCGCUAGUGGUGGAGGCUACAGUAUCAUCUGAUAGCAAGAAAUCCAUGUUAAAAGAGAUCUUAUCUGGUAGCAAGAAACCUAUGUUAAAAGACAUAUUAUCUGGUAGCAAGAAACCCAUGUUAAAAGACAUAUUAUCUGGUAAACCUUCAGAGACAUCUAUCACUAAAGGUAUGCAAAAUAAAUAUCACAUGGUGCGGAAUAAAGACAAAAUCCAUGAAUCUUCUCAAGUACCGCAAAAGCGAAAAUACACAUCACCUUAUGCGACUGCGAAGAAAAGAUUCAGAUUGAGUAAUGGGCGUUAUGCUUCUCCUCAGGAUAUAGAGGAACAUAUGCAGAAAAAGUACAAAUGUGAUAUUUGCCUGGGAGUAUAUUCAAGCACCCAUACUUUCAAUAAACAUAGACGCAUUCACGCCUCACGUGGAGAAACUAAAGAGAACUUUCACAAAUUCAAAUGCAACUAUUUCAAUUCGCCGUUGAGCAAAAGGUACCAGCAACUAAUGGGUGUUACAAAGUCAACUAAUACCGUUCCGGGAAAUGUUAACAAUGGCUUGUCGAGCGAUAGUCGAAAUGUACAAUCGAACGAUUCGAAAACGUCGAGCCCAAAUCAGAGGACUUCUAGGAUUUCUCGAACAGCCGAUGCGAACAAGGAAGAUACUACUUGCUCGUGCGGAAGAUCGUUUCGAAAUCUUAGUAUCUUGCGUAUGCAUAAGGACAAUUGUAAAAUCCAUAAGCAGGAAGAAAAGAGGACACAGCACAAUACAAGAGACGGAUACAGCAGCGACAGAGACUCGGGAAUUGGUAUCAAUAUCACGAUCAAGAAGCGAAACAACUCUUAUGAAAUAGUCGGUAAGGAUGGCGAGGAAGACAAACAGAUUAAUGUCAGAGAUGAUGAUACUCCAUUAUCCAAUGGAGUGUCUCACAAUGUUGUCGAAAACGCUGCUACUGCAGAUACUGUGCAACAGCUGGAUAAAAGUGAGACAUCGAAGUACAGCAAAACUCACAGUGUUUUGAAGAUACGAGAUGCGGACGAAGAUCUGAUCAUCGAUAUCGAAGAAGAUAGCCAACAAUCUAAUAAGAAAAGAAAGCAAACGGUUACUCAAGAAAAUGAUACUCAAGAAAACGGGAUAAGCUUAAAAACGGAACAACAGGACGUUGACGAGGGAGUUGCGAAAGAAGAUAAUACAGUAGAAAAUAUUCGCAGUUUGAAGCAAAUGUGUCAAGAGGUCAUCAAGAAGAUCUCAACGUUGCAAGAGUCUGAUGAUACGGCGUGCCCGAGAAAAAGGAGAAACGUACAAUCUGUGAGUAAAAGCUGCGAAAAGACUGAAACUGAAGAAAAACAGCAAGACGGAUUGGAGCCUUCUGCAGCGGUAUUCGACCUUACGACGUGUUCGUAUUGUAACAAACGUUUCGGCACGAUUAGUUUGUACAACAAGCACCGGUGCACUGUUGAGGAGGGUAAGACAUACGAUGAUUAUUCGCUGAAUUUGCUGUGCUUCUGCUGUGGCGCCACAUUGAACAGCUGCAGCCAGUUUGACGAGCACAUGAAAACCGUGCACUACGACCGCGCGUUCCACUGUUACUUGUGCCCCGAGAAAUUCCCGGACAAGAAAAUACGAAACAAGCACACCAACACGCAGCACGACACGUCCUGCAGAUUUUGCCACAUGGAUAUUCCUUUGUGGAUAAUAAACCUACAUGAGGCUUAUCAUCUGGGUUUCGGCUAUCCCUGCCACAAGUGCAAGAAAGCCUACUCGAGUAAAAGGAAUCUUAUAUAUCACAACUCGACGAUACAUAAGAAAGGCGUAGACACCAUGGUAUUUUGUAAUUUAUGCUUGAAAUCGAUCAAACUAAAGUCCUUCCGGAGUCACAUGCAUUCGCACGACAGUAACAAGUGUUACUUUUGUAAGAAAGAGUUUAACGACAAAGCAGGCACAGAAUAUCACACCUUGAUAUAUCAUGGCGGCGCGUUUUCCAAAUUGAAGUGUAACGACUGCAACACGCGUUUCUUGACUAAGAGGCAACUCGAGCAGCACAGGAAGAUAGGCAAAUGCGGUAAUGUGAAGAGAAUAAAAAAGGAAAAUACGGAGAGUUGUGAAGAGUAUUGUUAACAAUAGCGAGUAUAUUUCAGGAGAGGGUAAAUCGUCAUACGGUCACAUUAAGACACAAAAUUAAACUGCUCGGGCCAAACGUCUGGAUGGAACCCAUCGCGAAUUGUUCCUCACAUAAUAUCGACGCGUAGAACACUGUUCGCUGUCGCAGAAGUGACAGAAACAUUUCUUUUUAUCCUUAUACGUGAAAUGCAUUAUAUAUUUUUACAAGCAUCGGUAUGGGCGCUUGCUUGUUAUACGGAUUGUCCACAUUGUAAACCUACGAGUAUUGAUACUUUGUUAACUUCACGAAACCUAAUUUUACAAUAGACGUUUUAAUUUUACCAUUGAUUUCUUUUCAUACCUCUGUAUAAUGAUUCUGUUUCCUAUCUAUCUUUUAUGAAAUGCAGGUAUAUGAUUUACAAGCUACUGCCAUCAAGUAGAUUACACCGUAAGACACCUUUCUCUUUUAUCGCGUAACAAUCUCGCGUUAUUAAUAUCUACAUUGUGACAAUGCGCAUUAGUCUUAAAUUAAUAUUUUCUACUCCUAUUGCAAUCCAGCGACGACGAACGACGAUAAGAGAAUAUUUCUACCAUAUUACAUCCACAAUAAUCGUCUAAUACUCUUGGAUUGCAGGAAAGUAUAUUUACGAGCAUGUCAUCUGUGUCGAUAUUGUUUAUCUUUGAAUCUAUUAUAUUUACAUAAAAAUUGUAACAAGCCAAAGUCGCAUAAUCGCAAUGUACACUUGAUUCUAAUACGAUAUGAACACUUUUUUUUCCUAUUGUUGAUGCAGCUUUUAACACGACAAUGUUCAGUAGCAGAAUUUGUUUUAGUAUAAUCACUAGGAGUUAAAUGUCUCUAUUACGACAUUGGACAUAUAUUCGGACCUGCAUCAAUGAAAAAAGCGUCACAAACCACUUGAAAUCAAGUGUAUACAAAUUGGUGUGAUAGUCUUAAUAUAUGAAGUUAUUAUCAUUUCAGAGUGUCUUGUAAGAGAUACAUUAUAAUGCUAACGCAUAGUGUUUUAGAAAGAUGUAACUUGGUAUGUUAAGACACAUUGUGCCGAAUUAUGUAUAUGAAAUGCAUGUUUAAUGCGUGCUAUUAUUUAAAUAUCGUAAUGUUAAAGUUAAUACUUUGUUGUCACGUGUGAUACAUAACAAUAUUAAUUUCCUUACAUUACACAUGCGUCCCCUAAUAAUGACGGUGUUAACUAUUAUUUCAUGUUUAUUAUAUUUAUGUAUAUAUAUAUUACGAUGAAAAUAAUUAAACAAUAUUUAUGCAGAGUCAAUUAAUUGAUUACUUUCAUCGUAGCAAUAUGUAUUUAUCGAAUUUGAUUUUUAUCUUGUGGACGUUUGUCUCUGAGACGUAAUGUACUAAUUAGUUUAGCGUAAGAUAUAAUUAUACGUUUUACUUCAUUAAGUUGCUGAUAGGUUUUUGUUUUUAUAUGACUCGAAAUGCAGUAUAGCUGAUAUCGCCCUAUGUUAAUGUAAAAACAAAAUAGCAACUAUAUAAAUAAAGUUCGUUUACGCAUUUGUAACAAGCUCUCUGAUUCGAGAAGCAA